AUGUUAAAGUUUUGACAAAUUCUAACUAGUACAAUUCACGAGUCCUGAAGCGUAUAUAUAUAGAGUCAAAAUGAAUCAGGACUUAGUAGAAUACAGAUUUGGAGACGCGAGACGUGGGGUUUUAUCAACAACAAGAAGGACAACAAUGUCGACGCCUUUGGGUGUGAUCGUUGGGGCGUUCGAGGAGCUGGAGAAGUUGCUGAAUUGUGGAAGCAAUAGCGAGCUCCGAUUGGAUAGUUUCUGUGAUGCUUCUUCCUUGGUUUCUGUUUUAUUUAGUAGUCUUGGCCUCGCUUUCAAAUUCGCUGAGUUGGAGUACGUCUCCAAGGUAAAAAAUCUUGUACAAGCAUCAAAAACCUAUGAAACAUUACAUGAGAUACUUGAUAGGGAUAUUGCAAAUGGCAAUGUGAAAACAUCAGGAAGUAAUUCCCGUAAUCUUCGAAGAGUUCGGCAGGGUCUUGACCUCAUCAGAGCUUUAUUUGAACAAUUCUUGGCAACCAAUGAUUACUCCUUGAAGGAAGCAGCGUCAACAGCUUACACGCAAGUUUGUGCACCCUACCACUCAUGGACAGUCAGGACUGCAGUUUAUGCAGGAAUGUGUACUCUUCCAAGUAGGGAUCAACUUCUGCUGAGGCUUAAUGAAACUGAUAAAUCAGCAGAGAAGAAAAUGAAAAGAUAUAUUGAUGCUUCAGUUCCAGUUAUACAGUACAUUGAUAAGCUUUACAUUUCUAGGAAUAUCAACUUGGACUGGUAAAUUCAUUUGUCGUACAAAAACAUCAGAUCUUCC